AUGUCCGGAUCCAAACCCGUCUUCGUCUUCUGCCCCGGGGCCUGGCUCCUACCCGACUACUUCCAGCCCACAAUCAACAUCCUUAAGACCUCCGGCUACACCAGCGAGGCCGUCGCCCUCCCGAGCGUGGACUCAGAUCAGCGCCCCGCAGACGCGCCCCCGAUCUCCCACGGCCUGCAGACCGACGCCUCGGCUGUCAGGGCCGCUGUCGUGAGGCAGCUCGACGCGGGCCACGACGUCGUCCUCGUCGCGCACAGCUACGGCGGGCUGGUCAUCAGCGAAGCGGCGCGGGGCCUCGACCGCGUCUCGCGCGGUCACGGCGUAACCAGUAUCAUUCAUAUGGUCUACGUCGCGGCGCUCGUCUUCGACGUCGGCGCCAAGGUGUGGCCGGACGACAAGCCGCCCGUGCCCAAGGAAUACAUCAUCGACGGCGAGCUCGUCUACCGCAACCCCGCGGACCCGGACAACGCAGCCUUCCUCAGCCAGUGCUCGCCCGAGCAGCUGGCAGCCGUCGUGGCGGUCGCGCGCAGCCAUAACUGGCGGACGUUCACGGAUCCCGUGACGUACGCUGCGUGGAAGGUCGUCGAUUCGACGUAUGUCAAGGCCCGCCAUGAUCCGGUGCCGGAUCCCGUGGCCGAGCUGCCGGAGGGGCAUCGGUUCGUGGAGCAGGUUGAGAUCGGGGGCGACCAUUUUGUCUUUACGAGUGCUACUGAGGAGGUUGCGGCCGUGCUGAGGGGGGUUGCGGAGAAUGUUGGCCGUGGCGGUGCGUGA